GCACACAGGAUGCAACGCGCCUAAAAAACGGAAGAAGAAGAAGAAGCCACGCGGUUUCUUAUUUAGGUGUUUUAAAUUGUCACUGUGUAUAUUACGUAUAAUUUAGCGUUAAAAUGAGUUCUCAAACAGGAAAUGUUUCCCGAUCGCGAGGCCAAAAACACCAGAAUGUAACUGCCUUCAAAAAUGACAAGUACGGUGCAAGCGCACAAAUUAAGAAAGCCAAAUCAAAGGUUCAUGGUGGUCUGUGCCAGCACUGCAAAGAUGUGCUAGAGUGGAAAGUCAAGUACAACAAAUACAAGCCCCUUACACAGCCACGAAAAUGUGUAAAGUGUCUUCAGAAAACAGUGAAGGAUGCCUAUCAUAUCAUAUGCAAGCCAUGUGCACUAAAGCUGGAGCUUUGUGCAAAAUGUGGGAAGAAGGAAGAGAUUGCCAUUCCACUUGACACGAAGGAAGAAGAAGAAGAGGUAGAGGACACCAGCCAGCCAAAUAAAGGAAAGAGACAGAAAAAAAGAGAUGAUGACGAAGAUUUUGAUGACCUGGGCUUUAGCAAUGAUGACUGUGAUAGUGAUUCAGAAGCGGAAGGAAAUUAACAUUAGCAGUCUUCUGUAUGCAUUACCAGCAAACAGCUAAACCUAAGAACAGUGUAUCUAAGGAAAACUGGAGCUGGAUACUGGACAUGUACUCACCUGUUCCCCUGCUGUUAAUUGGGAAAGACUCCCAGGAGGUGUUUUCCUGUUGGCUGUGGUGACUGUUUGUUUCCAUUACUGUGAUCUUGCAGGAACUGACACAGUCGUAUGCCGAAACCCAGUCUUGUUUUUUAAAUCACACAAACAUUUUGAUAGCAUUCAUGUUAUUUGAGAAGCUAUAUGAAUGAAAUAUGUUUCAUAAGUAUUUUUGUAAAUAGAAAAACAGAAAUAGAAAGUACUGAUGAAACAUGUCCAUUGAAUAAACGACCUACAAGCAAGUGCUCUCUGUUUAGAAAAUACUGAAUUACACUGAAUGUUAAAUCUACACCUUCACUGUCCCGUUUUCUGUCCUGCUGACUGAUUUUCAUCUUUUUUAACAUAUAGAUUUAGUUAGAAACGUCCUCUUUGCAUAUAAUAAGUGGCUGCGAAAACAC